AUGUCAUACCACGAACUUCAGCAUUUUACAUUGUUAAUGACUCAGAUAGGGUUUCCACGGCCCAUAUCCAUUGAUACGUUCCGGAAGCCAGAUUUCUUUCUUGUCGCCGAAAUUCUCCACUAUAUAACCACCGUAGUUGCACCAAGUAAUGCUAUUGCCAUGGACAUCGCUACUCAGGAGGAUAGGGUUUAUUUUAUCACAACUGUGGUAAACGUGCUCCAGACCACACUGCACCUCAAGCUGGACUCCAAGAAGAUUUAUGCUGCGGGCCCAGAGGCAGUGCGAGAACUCAGAAAAAUAGUGCAGGAGGUAGCCACGUAUAUAGGCGCGGCAGCUACAUCCACAGAUAAGGGGACGUCUUCUGCAGCCAGUGUUGACUUGACUCUCCACUCGAAUGCGUUGUGCGUGGCCUCCUCGAAGAUAGUUGAAGCAUCCACCAAGCUUCUUACGCAGCUACGCCUCCACGUCGAUGAUCUUUAUCAGCGCAUGCAGCAGGCGAUGAGCAGUCAGCCAGACGCAGCCUCUCUCUCUGCUGCCGUCCAGCAACGUAUAAAGAAUCUUGCGGCCGAGUGCAACACCCUCCAGGAGGAGGUGACGACCAACAAGCGCGAAAAAGCUAAGCUCGAGGAGCAGAUAACCCAGAAGAAGCAGAGCAUCACACACACGAUGGAUCGACUUGAUGCCAUUCGUUCCACAAAGCCCCCAUUCCUUGCAGAGCUGGAGGCUCUGGAGGCAGACCUGUCUAAACUUCAUCUAGAGUAUGCUCGCAAAUUUCGGUCUCUUCUGUUUCUCGAAGGCCAGCUACGUGCCAAUGAUGUGCGCGAGCAGCAGCGUGUAAUUGAGCGGGAGAAGAAUCUUCGGGCCCUGCAAGAGAACGCUCUGAAGGAGGAGCUAAAUAACAUGUACGGGGGCGUGGAUGCACGCUCAUCGACGUCGCACCUGGACGAUGAGUUUGUAGAGACUCCCAUGCCCCAUGUCAUGGAUAUGCACCAGCCUAAACCAGUGCAGGACUUCGUCCCUUCUAAGGCAGCGCCCAUUAACACGAAUGCAGAGAUCCCUGAUGAUGAAUCCUAUUCGUAUAGCUAUGAGGAGGAAGAGGAAGAAGAGCAGGUCAUCAGCUCCGCCAAUCCUAUGCAACAAGCGCGUGCACCAGAGACACAUUCUAAUGGAGAGAAACACCGAGGACUGGAUGAGCUAUCCCAUAAGUCGAAUGAGAAUGCGGACAAUGAGGAGUAUUCAUAUGAGUACAGUGACAUUGGUGGCGAGGAACUGGACCCCGACAACAUAGAGUUUUGA